AUGAAUAUUGAUGAAAGAGUUCUUUGUGCUAUACAUACACUUCAAUUAAAUAUUGAAAAAGGAUUAGAUAUAGCAAAAGUAUUAAUUAAUAAAUGUAAAAAUCUUAUUGCUUUUUUAGCAAAUAAUAAAAAGAAACAACAAUUAAGAGAAUCACAAAAUUCAACACUAUAUGUAUUUCAAAGACUUAUUAUUCUUAAACUAACAAUUUUAAUGUUAAAAACUUUUUUAAUAAAUGAUAGAAAUUCACAUAUUUAUAAGAAGGGUGAAAAAUUAGAAGAAUUGUAUCCAGUUGCACAUAAAUGGAAAAUAAUUAGAGAAAUAGUAGAAAUGGUAAAGCUUUUAAGUCCUUUUAAAAGUAUAACAUGUCUUUUAAGUGGUAUAACAUAUCCAACUAUUGGUUUAACAUAUCCAAGUUUAUGUAAUUUAAAAGAAAUUCUUGAAACUGAAUUUAUUCAAAUGGAAACUGAUAUAGCAAAAAUUGUAAAAAAGCAAUCUUAG